AUGGCGGCCGCACAGCAACACGGACGGGGGACGGCCACUGGCUGCUGUGCAUCGGUGAGAGUUGUCCAGCAGCGCCAUGACGCAGGUAGCCGAGAAGCUGAUGCCGUCCCCAUCUGUCCUGACCCCGACACUCUCCAAGUCCAACUAAGCACCUACGCCGCACUUAGGAGCUGCCCCCAUGCUCUACAGCGGCUGUGCGCCACAGUGAGACUGGGCUGCCAGCGGCACUGCGCAGGCCUCUAUUUGCUGGCCGCUUCUGCUGCUCUUGCUGAUUUGCCUCUGCUGUUCUGCGUCUCUGAAACAUGUGCUGGUGUCCUCAAGGAAAAUAAGACAUUUCUUACACCUGUCUUUUGCAAUUAA